AUGUAUGCGGAAUUGCUGCAACAGGGCGCGGGAAAACAAGAACCUGCACCACGCGGCAACCUGCUAAAUCGCACAGCACAUCGUGGUGAACGUGAAGGAAGUAUGGGGAACGACAGGAAAAAAGUGAAGUCGAAUGACGCAGCCCGCAACACGAAGUCCGACGCAGCUGGCGCGUCGACGUCGUCGCCGGAGAAACAACUAACGCGGAACAAGGCUGCGUCGACCAGAACAUCACAGCAACCGCAAGUUCCAUCUUCGGUUCCUUUGGCUCCUGCAGUUGUAGAGGGACGGGAUUAUACUGCAGCACCCUCCGUCGAUCACGUCGUGGUCCCGCCUAGCAUUCACGAGUCUGACGUGCGGUUCACCACUUCGGCCAAUCUCCUGCGAAUGAAAGAGGUCAUUGCUGCGAAAGCAGACCAGAUUCGUUCGGUGGCUGAGGGAGAUGAUUUUUUGGCGCUGGAAGAUGAAGAGGGUGCGCUGCGGCGGCACGCACAACUACAAGUAGGACCAGAAGACCAGCUACUUCAACGUCUUCGAGAGCAAAAAUUGACUGGGAGAGAACAAGUAGAAGCUGCUCAUGUCGAUUCCGCUUCGGCAUCAAAGACCAAUUCUUUUCAGCAGCAGCGCGAGAGAAUUCUGGAAAAGCAGCUGUCACCC